UGACAGCCCAAGGCGGCUUGCCGCUGAGGGGCUCGGGGCUCCGGGCGGUUCAGGGCGGGUCGGGGCGGCCUGGCAAGCGGGGCCGGGGCCAGCGGAGGGACGCACACGCGGGCGGACGCGCCGGGGCGCUUCACUCCAGAGCCCGACAUGAAUGGAUACUCGAACUUUUCCCCCAGUCCCGGUAGCCCCACCAAGGAGUCAGUGGAGCCUCAGCCCAGCCAGGCUGUGCUCCAGGAAGAUGUGGACAUGAGCAGUGGCUCCAGUGGACAUGAAAACUGCUCCAUGGGGCGGGACUCGCAGGGUAGCGACUGUGACGACAACGGGAAAGAGCUGCGGAUGCUGGUGGAACCUUCUGACACCCACUCGAGCCCUGAUGCCUUCAGGUUGAUGAUGACGGAGCCCCAACACAACCCGUCCACGAGCGGCUGCAGUAGCGAGCAGUCUGCCAAAGCCGACGCACACAAAGAGCUGAUAAGAACGCUCAGGGAGUUGAAGGUCCACCUCCCUGCAGACAAGAAGGCCAAGGGGAAGGCCAGCACGCUGGCGACCUUGAAGUAUGCUCUGAGGAGCGUGAAGCAAGUAAAGGCUAACGAGGAAUAUUACCAGCUGUUGAUGUCUAGUGAGAGCCAGCCUUGCAGUAUGGACGUUCCCUCCUACACCGUGGAGCAGGUUGAGGGCAUCACCUCUGAGUACAUCGUGAAGAAUGCAGAUAUGUUUGCUGUGGCCGUGUCCCUGGUUUCUGGGAAGAUCUUGUACAUCUCUAACCAAGUUGCCUCCAUAUUUCACUGUAAGAAGGAUGCCUUCAGUGAUGCCAAGUUCGUGGAAUUCCUGGCACCUCAUGAUGUCAGUGUGUUCCACAGUUACACCACCCCUUACAAGCUUCCACCCUGGAGUAUGUGCUGCGGAGUAGGUGAGGUCCUGGCUGCAGUGCCUUCCCCUAGAAUUCCUCCAGAGAAGAGAAUUUUCACGACGACACAUACACCAAACUGCUUGUUCCAGGAUGUGGAUGAGAGGGCAGUCCCCCUCCUGGGCUAUCUACCUCAGGACCUGAUCGAGACACCUGUGCUCGUGCAGCUCCACCCUAGCGACAGGCCCUUGAUGCUCGCCAUCCACAAGAAGAUCCUGCAGGCUGGUGGACAGCCUUUCGACUAUUCCCCCAUCCGAUUCCGUGCCCGCAAUGGGGAGUAUAUCACCCUGGAUAGCAGCUGGUCCAGCUUCAUCAACCCAUGGAGCAGGAAAAUCUCCUUCAUCAUCGGGAGGCACAAAGUCAGGGUGGGUCCUUUGAAUGAGGAUGUGUUUGCAGCCUCCCCAUGCCCAGAGGAGAAGACCCCUCACCCCAGCAUUCAGGAGCUCACAGAGCAGAUCCACCGGCUGCUGAUGCAGCCUGUCCCCCACAGUGGCUCCAGUGGCUAUGGGAGCCUGGGCAGUAAUGGUUCCCACGAACACCUCAUGAGCCAGACAUCGUCCAGCGACAGCAAUGGCCACGAGGAGUCCCGCUGGAGAAAAUCCGGAAUUUCUAAAAAUGGUAGCAAGACCCAAACCAGAAGUCAUUUUUCUCAUGAGUCUGGAGAACAAAAGGAAAUAGCCGUUACAGAAAUGCAAAGCAGCACCCCUGCCCAGGCAAAAGCUGCCCCCACUGUAGAGAGGGACAGCUCAGGCUCCAGCCUACCCAAGGCCAGCUUCCCUGAGGAGCUGGCCUACAAGAACCAGCCUGCCUGCUCCUAUCAGCAGAUCAGCUGCCUGGACAGUGUCAUCAGGUACCUGGAGAGCUGCAACGAGGCUGCCACCCUGAAAAGGAAAUGCGAGUUCCCAGCCAACAUUCCCUCCCGGAAGGCCACAGUCAGCCCUGGGCUGCACGCUGAAGAGGCGGCCCCGCCGCCGUCCAAGGUGAGCAGCCACGCAGAGGUUCGCGCUCGCUUGAGUUCCCUGACGCUGCCAGACAAGGCUGAGAGCGUGGUGUCCCUCACCAGCCAGUGCAGCUACAGCAGCACCAUCGUUCACGUGGGGGACAAAAAGCCACAACCGGAGUUAGAGACAGUAGAAGAUGCGGUCAGUGGGCCGGAGUCCCUGGAUGGUGCACCUGGUGGCCUCAGCCAGGAGAAGGGGCCGCUGCAGAAGCUGGGCCUCACCAAAGAAGUGCUCGCUGCACACACACAGAGGGAGGAGCAGGGCUUCCUGCAGAGGUUCAGGGAGGUGAGCAGGCUUGGCGCCCUGCAGGCGCACCGCCAGAACUACCGAGCCCAGGCCAGUGAGCGAGCUGCCCCAGGACUAAGAAAUGCUUCUGGGAUGGAUUCGUCCUGGAAAAAAACUGGAAAGAACAGAAAACUGAAGUCAAAACGGGUCAAGACUCGGGACUCCUCAGAGAGCACAGGGUCUGGGGGACCUGUGUCCCACCGGCCUCCACUCGUGGGCCUAAACGCUACAGCCUGGUCACCCUCGGACACAUCCCAGUCCAGCUGCCCCUCUGCACCCUUUCCUGCCCCAGUGCCAGCUUACCCCCUGCCUGUGUUUGAGGCACCUGGAAUAACGUCCACGCCAGCACCUCCUGAGGCUGCCCACAGCAGCUUCACCGUGCCAGUUGUGCCCAUGGGCGCCCAGCCUGAUUUUGCAGUGCAGCCCCUGCCAUUGGCUGCCCCCUUGGCUCCAGUGCUGGCCUUCAUGCUGCCCAGCUAUCCCUUCCCACCAGCGAACCCAAACCUCUCCCACGCCUUCUUCCCCGGCCAACCUCACUUUCCCGCCCAACCCACAUUUGCCUCUGAGAUGACCCCUGCCUCCCAGGCUGACUUCCCCAGUCAGACCCCUCUGCUCAGACAGCAAUGCACUUGUCCAGUCACCCCUCCGGCAGCCACAGUGACUUCAGGCAGGGCGUCCCCACCACUCUUCCAGUCCCGAGGCAGCAGUCCCCUGCAGCUCAACCUGCUGCAGCUGGAGGAGGCACCUGAGGGCAGCACUGGAGCUGCAGGAACCUCAGGGACCACAGGGACAGCAGCUGCUGGUCUAGACUGCACACCUGGCACCUCUCGGGAUCGGCAGCCAAAGGCACCCUCAACGUGCAAGGAGCCUUCCGACACCCAGAACAGUGAUGCCCUCUCCACAUCCAGUGACCUGCUCAACCUCCUGCUAGGCGAGGACCUGUGCUCGGCCACGGGCUCAGCAUUGUCAGGGAGUGGGGCCUCUGCCACCUCCGAUUCUCUGGGCUCCGGCUCAUUGGGCUGUGAUGCAUCCCGAAGUGGGGCAGGCAGUAGUGACACAAGUCAUACCAGCAAAUAUUUUGGAAGCAUCGACUCUUCGGAGAAUAAUCACAAAGCAAAAGUGAGCACGGACACGGAAGAAAGCGAGCAGUUCAUUAAGUACGUCUUGCAGGACCCCAUCUGGAUGCUGAUGGCCAACACAGAUGACAGCGUCAUGAUGACCUACCAGCUGCCCUCCCGGGAUCUUGAGUCCGUCCUGAGGGAGGACCGGGAGAGGCUGAAGCUGCUGCAGAGGGCCCAGCCCCGGUUCACAGAAGGCCAGAGACGGGAGCUGCGAGAGGUCCACCCUUGGGUCCAGACUGGGGGUCUGCCUGCGGCCAUCGAUGUGGCGGAGUGUGUUUACUGUAAAAGUGAGAGAAAAGGUGACAUUUGCCUGCCAUACGAGGACAGUCCUUCCCUAGGACUCAGUGGCGCCUCAGAUACUGAAGAGGAAGAGAGUGGCAAACCACUGAGCUCCAGGAAGAGGGCACAGACGUAAUGCCCCCCAACCGGCCAGUGAUCUACAUUAGAUGGUGCUGGAAGAGAGGAAGAUCUUCAUGCUUGUUUCUAAUGAAAUGGAUAUAUACUUAUGUUGCUUUUUUGUUUUAGAAAAAACAAACCAUAGUUUUCUGGAGAUGUAACUUAAAACUGUGGAGAGAUUUAGAAGAAAUACAUUUUUGUAUUUAAAAUAUAAGUAUGGAGAUUGGGGGAUGGGGUGAUAUUUGACUUGUCAUUGAACUUGAGGAACACUGAGACAUUGUGUGUGUCAGGGAGGCCGCCUCAGGGCUCUCAGAAGUCCCUUGAUUUCGAUGAGACCUCUUUCCAGUGUACCAAUGUCCACUGGCCCCUGUAGGUUGUCCUCAGACAUCACACCAGUCUGUGACAAAUAGCAGGGAAGCCAGGUAAGUCUCUCAGCUGAGGGCCCAGCUUUCUGGAAAUUUUUCAAGGUAUGUUUGGAUCAGAUUGAGGGCUGCUUUUUAAUCUAAAUUAUCAUGCAGUCCUACUGGGUGUUUGUUCACCUAUCAAGCAGAGAAAAUACCUUUCCUGGCAUCCACUUAGUGUCCGCGUUAUGCAUUGUGAAGCGUGGUGUGGCAACUUUGGCUUUGGGUGCUGUAGUGACCGACAUUCCAGUCUCAUGUGGCUUUUUGCAGUAAGCCAAGUUGAAAUGCCUGCUCUGGACUAACAGAGCCUAGUGGUUUCUGUGACCAAUGCCAUUGGACUAGCACCUCCCUACACACCUUGUACAUUUCUGUAUGGCUCUUGCAUCCCUUCUAGAUCAUCAUGACCAGCUUGUAGAGUGAAGUAUAUCAGCCAUGUCACCUUUCUGCAUGGCGGCCUCUGCAAACCAGGCUUUGACUGCCACUGUGGAGACUCAGUGGGGUGGAGCAGGUGUCCCCUCACCCCAACCCCACCCAAACAUCAGCUCCCUGCUAGCCAAGCAGGUGCCUGCUUUUGGCAGAGAUCAGCCAGUGGCCACUGAGGGCCAGUGCCCCACACGCCACCCUCAGUGUUUCCCACUGUGCAGGGAGCUCAGUGCCCUGCCAUACUCUGGGCUGGCUGGCUCUUCAGCUCCAUUUUUCAGUAGACCUUCCCAGGCCUGGUGUGGCUUCAGGUCUGUCACCACCUGCCCAUGUUGCUGGCACUGAGAUCAUUGGAACACUUGGGGAGAACGGGGCCUCUCUGCAAAACCUUAUGCUGCACCAGACAUCCCAAAGAUUGUGCAGAAAAGUUUCCUGUUGACCCCUGGUGUGAAUGAGGGGUCACCACUGAUGAGUCAUUUUACUUAAAAUUAGACCAAGUCUAUGAACCUGAAAGAAGCAGUUUCGCUGGUUCUUUGACGUGGCUCCUGGGGAGGUGGAGCCUUUCCGUUGAAGUUGGCUUUCCUGGAAAAGCCAUCUGAUGCCUGAAUCUUAAUCUUAUUUGCAUAGACACAAGAACUCUUUUAAUUAAAGCAACACCACCUUUCACUACCUGUGAUAAGGUAGUGACCAUAUUUUAAUGGAAAUGUGAUUACAGAUAGCUGCCUCCUUCAACAGUGGGAUCCCAAGGGGUAGAUGAUGGUCUAAGGCUUCGCUUAUGUUACUUAAACACAAACUGCCAAAACCUUCUCUCUACUAUCUUGAAUGUUUACCAUCAGCAUUAUUUUAUGAUUAUUUAAUAUAUAUUUCUUGAUUGUUAACUGCUAAGAAGUUGACGUACUAGGAUAAUUUCGUGAAUCUGUUUACAAGAUGCCGAGCAUCCAGUCCUGUUUUCUUUAGUGUGUGCACUUACACGGGUGUCAUGAGACUUUCUCUGUUUUAAACUGAGCCUUCUUUUUAAUGUAUCCUCGAGAAGACAUGUAAAUAAGCUCUCAGAGUUUGUGUGAUGAUUUGUGAGCCUUGCCGGACAAGCGGUUUGUUCACACGCAAACCAAACUUACCUUCACCCAGUGCAAUAUAUUUGUGUGACUGCUUCUGUCUUUUUAUGACUUUUUUGCCUUUUAGAAAAUUGGUAAAUAAAGCAAGUAUAUUUUUAUUUUUA